AUGGAACCGAGUACCCCAUUAGAUAGUUCUUCCAAUAUGGACUCUUUCAUGUUCGAUUCAUCAUCACGUAGAAGUACCGUGUCCAUUCACUCUAGGAGUUCUGGUGUUAUCAACUCCACCAGGGAAGUGAGUUUUGGCCACUCAGGAUCCAAGCCUGUGAGAUAUGGGUCAAAGGGUGCUGAGUCCGAGGCUCUCAGUAUGUCUCAGAAAGAAAUCAGUGAUGAGGAUGCAAGGUUAGUUUAUGUUGAUGAUCCCGAUAAGACAAAUGAUAUGCUUGAAUUUGCCGGGAAUUCGAUUCUUACUGGAAAGUACUCCAUCUUCACCUUUCUUCCAAGGAAUUUGUUUGAACAGUUUCAUAGAGUUGCUUAUAUUUACUUCCUUGUAAUUGCCAUUCUUAAUCAGCUCCCUCAGUUAGCUGUAUUUGGGAGGGGUGUUUCCAUUUUGCCGUUGGCUUUUGUGCUUCUGGUUACUGGCGUGAAGGAUGCAUUCGAGGACUGGAGGAGGCACAGGUCAGAUAAAAUUGAGAACAACAGGUUAGGAUUGAUUUUGGUUAAUGGUCAGUUUCUCGAGAAGAAGUGGAAGCAUAUUAGAGUUGGGGAAGUUAUUAAAAUCAGAGCAAAUGAAACCAUUCCCUGUGAUAUUGUGUUGCUCUCAACCAGUGACCCCACUGGGGUUGCUUAUGUGCAGACUCUUAAUCUGGAUGGAGAGUCUAAUUUGAAGACUAGGUAUGCAAAGCAAGAGACUCAAUCUAAGUUGCCAGAAAAGGAGAAGUUAGAUGUGUUGAUUAAGUGUGAGAAACCCAAUAGGAAUAUAUACGGGUUUCAGGGUAAUAUAGAAGUUGAUGGAAAGAGGUUGUCUCUUGGAUCCUCUAACAUUGUCCUCAGAGGCUGUGAGCUCAAGAAUACUAAUUGGGCACUUGGUGUUGCCGUGUAUUGUGGCCGUGAUACCAAAGCUAUGCUCAACAGCUCUGGAGCUCCAUCCAAAAGGAGCCUUCUUGAGACUCGCAUGAACUCUGAGAUCAUUAUGCUUUCUUUCUUUCUCGUAGCUUUGUGUAUAGUGACCUCAGUUUGUGCUGCUGUUUGGUUAAAGCGCCACAAGGAUGAGUUGAAUCUCAUGCCUUAUUAUAGGAAACUGGAUGUUUCGGAGGGGAAAGAGGAAAGCUAUAAAUAUUAUGGAUGGGUACUGGAAAUUGUUUUCACUUUCCUCAUGUCAGUUAUAGUUUACCAGGUUAUGAUCCCUAUAUCCUUGUACAUUUCGAUGGAGCUUGUACGUGUUGGUCAGGCAUACUUCAUGAUCGGAGACUCCAGAAUGUAUGAUAAGGCAACAGAGUCAAAAUUUCAGUGCAGAGCUUUGAAUAUUAACGAAGAUUUAGGCCAAAUUAAAUAUGUCUUUUCUGACAAAACUGGCACACUGACUGAGAACAAGAUGGAGUUUCAAUGUGCAAGCAUCUUGGGGUUUGAUUACAGUUCUGCAACAGCCAGUCUUGAGAAUGAGCAAGUUGAAUACACAGUUCAAGCGGAUGGGACGAUCUUUAAGCCAAAGAUGAUGGUGAAAGUUAAUCAAGAGCUUUUGCAAUUAUCAAAAAGUGGAUUUACAAAUGACGAGGGGAAACAGAUUUAUGAUUUCUUUCUAGCAUUGGCAGCCUGCAAUACCAUUGUACCUCUUGUUGCUGACACAUCUGACCCUAUGGUCAAGCUGAUAGAUUAUCAAGGGGAAUCACCAGAUGAGCAAGCAUUGACUUUUGCUGCCGCUGCGUAUGGGUUUAUGCUUAUUGAACGAACCUCAGGUCACAUAGUCAUUGAUAUUCAUGGAGAGAGACAAAGGUUCAAUGUCUUAGGUUUGCAUGAAUUUGACAGUGAUCGAAAAAGGAUGUCAGUUAUCCUGGGGUACAGUGACAAUUCUGUGAAACUUUUUGUUAAAGGGGCAGAUACAUCCAUGCUUAGAUUGAUUGACAAAUCAUUGAACACAGACAUACUACAUGCAACUAAAUCCCAUCUUCACACUUAUUCCUCUGUGGGUUUGAGGACACUUGUUAUUGGGACGCGAGACUUAGAUGCUUCAGAAUUUGAGCAAUGGCAAUCUUCCUUUGAGGUAGCAAGUACUGCUUUGAUGGGUAGGGCUGCUUUGCUUCGCAAGGUCGCUAUCAAUAUUGAGAACAAGCUCUGCAUAUUGGGUGCAACUGCUAUUGAAGAUAAACUGCAGCAAGGUGUGCCAGAAUCUAUUGAGUCUCUAAGAAUUGCAGGUAUUAAAGUAUGGGUCUUGACUGGGGACAAACAGGAAACUGCCAUAUCAAUUGGAUACUCCUCUAGGCUCCUAACGAGCAACAUGAUUCAAAUUAUAAUUAAUACCAACAAUAGAGAGUCGUGUAGAAGACAUUUACAAGAUGCCCUUGUCAUGUCUAGACAACAUAUGACUACGCCCGGUGUUACUCACAAUUCAGAGGAAGGAUCAGAUUCUGUUUCAACUUCAUUUGCCUUGAUUGUUGAUGGUACCAGCCUUGUUUAUAUUCUUGACAGUGAGCUUGAAGAAGAAUUCUUUCAACUUGCAAGUAGAUGUUCUGUUGUUCUCUGUUGUCGAGUGGCUCCACUACAGAAGGCUGGAAUUGUUGCCCUUGUGAAGCAUAGGACAGAUGACAUGACGCUAGCCAUUGGAGAUGGUGCUAAUGACGUAUCGAUGAUCCAAAUGGCUGAUAUCGGAGUUGGAAUCAGUGGACAGGAAGGUCGGCAAGCUGUAAUGGCUUCAGAUUUUGCAAUGGGGCAGUUUAGGUUCUUAGUUCCUCUCUUAUUAAUACAUGGGCAUUGGAAUUACCAGCGACUGGGUUACAUGAUAACAUACAACUUUUACAGAAAUGCAAUCUUUGUUCUUGUCCUAUUUUGGUAUGUGCUCUUUACUGCCUUCACAUUAACAACUGCUAUAAAUGAAUGGAGCAGCAUGUUAUACUCGAUAAUCUACACUGCGUUGCCAACUAUUGUUGUUGGUAUUCUUGACAAGGAUCUUAGUAAAAGGACUCUUCUAAAGCAUCCUCAGCUUUACGGGGCUGGGCUGAGAAAUGAGGCCUACAACAAAAAAUUGUUUUGGUUGACAAUGGCCGAUACUUUGUGGCAAAGCAUUGCAGUCUUCUUUGUUCCCCUUAUCGCAUAUUGGGGAACCACAAUAGAUGUAGCAAGCAUAGGUGAUCUUUGGACUCUUGCAGUAGUUAUUUUGGUUAAUUUGCAUCUGGCCAUGGAUGUCAUCAGGUGGAAUUGGAUUACUCAUGCAGCCAUUUGGGGCUCUAUUAUUGCAACCUUCAUCUGUGUCAUAGUUAUUGAUGCUAUACCAGUAUUUCCUGGUUACUGGGCUAUCUUUGAUGUUGCAGGCACUGCAUUGUUCUGGCUAUGUUUGCUUGGAAUUGUAAUAGCCGCAUUACUUCCCCGAUUAGUUGUAAAAUAUCUUUAUCAGUACUAUUUUCCCAGUGAUAUUCAGAUUUCAAGAGAAACUGAGAAGUUUGGGAAUCCAAGAGACAAUGGUGGAGGAGAAAUAGAAAUGCUUCCUGUUUCAGAUGCUCCACCAUGA